AUGAGUUAUGAUUCAUGUCUUAAAUUGCAAAACCAUUUAUCAGAAUCUUUAAAAACAACAACCAUUAAUAAAUGUGGUUAUCUCCUUAUUGUAGAACAUGCACCUGUUUAUACUGUAGGCAUCAGACAAAAAGACUACAAUCCACUUUUAGAGGAAAAUUUAAUUAAACUGGGCGCAGAAUUCAAACGUACUAACCGAGGAGGUCUAAUCACAUUUCAUGGUCCUGGACAACUGAUUGCUUAUCCAAUUUUAAAUUUAAAAAAAUUUAAUCCUAGCAUUCGGUGGUAUGUUGCAAAUUUAGAAACAACCAUUAAAAACCUUUGUAACGAGACUUAUGGACUUACUGCAACUACUACAUCCGAUACUGGAGUCUGGAUAGAUAAUCAUAAGAUCUGUGCAAUAGGUGUAAGAUGUAGUCGAUAUGUUACAACACAUGGCCUUGCCUUGAAUUGUAAUACUGACUUAUCCUGGUUCAAACACAUUGUACCUUGUGGAUUACAUGGUAAAGAAGUUACCUCUCUUAGUAAAGUUUUUGAAAAAAACAUUUCUGUCAACGAUGUGUUACCAUAUUUCUUACAACAUUUUUGUAAAUCAUUUUCAUGUGACAUUGUAAAUACUGAAAUUGAUAAAAUAGCUUAA